UAAUCCUCAAUAUUCUUUCUUCCUCCUUUUCUAUUCUGUGUUUCCAAUCUCGACCGCCGCAUCCACCCAUUCUCCGGCGUACUCCGGCGGCCCCCUCCUCUCACUCCUCCGCACAUACAAUCUGAUCCGUCGCCCGAUUCGGUUCACGUAAGAGCUAUCCGGAUCCGAUUUCACCCAUCGAGCUUCAGCCUCUAACCUAACCCCCAAUCCCGACGCGCACCUCCUUUCAUUUCGUAAUUUACCAUUUUUAUUUGUUGUUUAUCUCUUUUUUUUUUCUAAAUUUUCCUUUUUUUUUUCCUCUUCUCUCUAAAAAGUCUUUUUGUGAAAUUACAUAUCUGUCACCACAAAUCCCCACCCUUACGUUUUCAAUAGCAGUCUACCCUUAUUUUACGCUUUUGCCCCCCCCCCGACAACAACUUUCCACUUGACGGUUUUAGCCGCUCAAGGAUUUUCCAUUUCGAAGUUCGUUUUCUGACGUGGCAUGGGGUUUUGAAAAAGGAUGAAUUUCCCACAAAACCACAGCCGUAGGAUUUUGCCACCUGUCGCUUCAAGAAAGCGAAAGGAGACCCCAUCGAACGGCUUUAAACUACCGGCUCCGAAGGCUCCAAGGGCUCCAAGCUCAACGACAGCUCCAAAAGCUCCGAGCAAAACGACAGCUUCGCCGCUCUCGGCAAACUGGCUUCUGGCGGGCCACAUGGCGUACGAGUAUUUAACCAAGCGCACACUGUUCGGUCAGAAGCUCGACCCGGCUCUAGCCGAGGUGGUUCCCUUGGUGGCUAGCUUCUCAGCCGAGCCGAGGAAGGGGAAGCCGGUCGAAUCAGGAAAAGGAUCCGGUACGGGCGCAGCGCGGGAGAGUUACGCUGAGGUGGCGAGCUUACUGAAGACGGAUGGGGCCCACAUUCCGGGGAUUGUGAACCCGACGCAACUGGCAAAGUGGAUUCAGAUGUGACGAUACGUAUGGUAGGAUGGGGUAGGGUGGAGGCGUGGCGCGGCGUGAUUGGAUGAGCAGUUUUGGUCCACGUCAGCCAGUAAGUUGUUGUAGUUGGUAGUGAAAAAAAAAAAAAAAAAAAAAAGGUUGUUGGAGUUCUCGAACCAAAAGUGCAGGAUUCGUGAAUAGGGAGUGAGUGAGUGAGUGUGAAGGUGGCCAGUAAGAUCGAAAUCCAAAUCAUGCAACUGCAGCGACUCUUUCUCUCUCUAGAAUCUGUUCGUGGUGAUGACACUAUCUCUGUGUUUUGCUUUGUUGUAUUUUAUUUGUAGGAUGACGAUGAUGAUGAAGAAAUUUAAAGAGAACACAGAAUGGAGGCCGGCCGGCCUUUCGAAUUCCGGUGCUUUGUUGUUAUUUAACUUGUUUAAUCUGAUCUAUUUAAUCAUGUUUUGCCUUA